AUGGCAGAAAUGCAGCGUCACGAGUCCGGUGAUGGAGUCGGAGAAUACUUCAAUGGCGCACCUGGAACCGAGGUUCUAUUUGACGACGCUCCCCAGCACGGAGCGGCUUCUGAUCGACUUCAUCAGUUAAGACAUCGUACCAAGCGUGGUUCGCACAUGCUGCUAGUACCGCAGCCUUCAGUUAAUGACCCCAAUGAUCCUCUGCGCUGGCCAGCCUUGAAGAAGAACUUGGUUUUCUUCAAUGGCUGUUGGUAUGCUUUUAUGGGUGCGAUUACGGGUCCCAUCAUGGCAGCCGGCAUGGAACAGUUGUCUGUGACCUUUGGCAAAUCCCUCCAGACAUUGACAUACGCGAAUGGUGCUACUUUGAUAAACCAAGGCGUGUGGAACUGUGUCUGGAUGCCUUUUGCUGUGAAGUAUGGUCGUCGUCCGAUCUAUAUCUUCUCGAACUUGCUCAUGGGCAUUGCCUGUAUCUGGCUAGCUAUUGCCUCGAACAAGACUUAUCUCGUUUUUAUUGUUGGACGCGCUUUCCUGGGAGCUUUCCAAGCACCAAUUGAGUCCCUCGUGCCUUCGACCGUGACUGAUAUGUUCUUCUUACAUAACCGCGGCGAGUUGGUCGCGAUCUAUGGACUGGCCGUCCUCGGGGGCAACGAGCUGGGCCCGAUGUUUUCGGGGUUGAUUGUGCAGGCCCUGGGGAUGGACUGGGCCUUCUGGAUCGUAGCCAUCUUUAUUUUCACGAAUUUGAUCUGCAUGUUUUUCUUCAUGCCCGAAACCCGAUACACCGGACCUCGCCCACAAUCUUUCCUUGCCCCUUCAGCCAGUGAGUUCUCCAACUGCCAGAAGGAGCAGGCCUUGAUCGAAGAGACCAGCACUGUCCCUAAGCGGAGCUUCGUGGAAGAGCUCAAGUUCUGGAGCCAUGGAGACCCAGAUGUGAACCUGCUUCAUGUCUUUUUGCGGCCGUUUGUACUCUUAGCCUAUCCUACAGUGGUUUGGUCUUGCUUCGUUUACGGGUUGGCGCUCAGCUGGAAUGUGAUCCUGGGUGCCACGGUUGCCCAGCUCUUUGCCCCUCCUCCAUAUGGUUUCAAUUCCCGAAACCAGGGUCUUUUCUUCCUCUCCCCUUUCGUCGGCUCGCUCUUUGGAGUGUUUUUCUCCGGGCCCGGUGGGGACUGGAUUGCAACGUUUUUCACCAAGCGAAACCAUGGCAUCCGAGAGCCCGAGAUGCGUCUGCCCACCUGUCUCCUGGCGGCGUUUUUCACGUUCUUUGGAGCGCUUUGGUUCGCGCUCGCAUACCAACACCAAAUGCACUGGGUGAUGCCUAUUGUGGGUGCUGGUAUCUUGUCGGUGGGGAGUCAAAUGGGCACUACGUUGGGAAUGAACUAUGCCCUAGAUUGCCACAAAGAGGUAUGA